AGGAGGCGCGGCUUCCAGAAAAAAACACGAGCCUGCUUUAUAAACAACUCUCAAACGUAGAGCGAUAAAAAGUAGUGAUGAAGGACGCAUAAAGCUCAAUUUGGUAUUGGAUUUAUUCCUUGUGGACAAACAAAACGGUGUUUGAGGAUUAUUUUUCUGUGUAUUAGACCGUUUAUUCUCAUCUUCCAUGUGAACCAGCUGACAGCAUCAUGGGACURCUGUUAUUAUUCGCUAUUUUAGGAGUGACGACCGAAUUGGUGACAGCUGACUGUCCGGUGGUGUGUCAAUGCCCGGCGGUGCCCCAAUCCUGUCUUCCUGGAAUAAGUUUGGUCCCUGAUGGCUGUGGCUGCUGCAAGGUGUGUGCYGCACAGCUAAACCAAGACUGCCAUGAGGGACAGCCGUGUGACCACCAUAAAGGCCUGGAGUGCAACUAUGGCAAUGAUGUGAGCCGCACCCAUGGCAUCUGCAGGGCAAGGGCAGAUGGUCGCUCCUGCGAGUACAAUGGCCAAAUUUAUCAAAACGGCGAGAAUUUCCGAGCUGGCUGCAAGCACCAGUGUACCUGCAUCGACGGAGCUGUUGGGUGUGUGUCCCUUUGUCCCAGCCAUGUGCCCUUGGCUUCCCCUUCCUGUCCAACCCCGCAGCUCGUCAAAGUGCCCGGCCAGUGCUGCCUCAGCAUCGACUGCCACAAGGGAACCACUGUUGUACCCCCGGCUCAUGGCCGACCCCAACCUCCUGCCUACCCACAUUACCCCUUCAUUCCUUACCCAGCCUAUCCCUACCAUAAGCCUUAUCCAAAACUUUACCGCAAGUUGUACCCUUACAAACCCAAAAAGGAGAAGAGUGUCCUGGGCAACGAACUGUUAGAGUUUGAGCGCAAAUGGGACAAGCCACUUGGAGACAAACACCUGACAGCCUGGAACAAGUUUGGAGAUCACUGUACAGUUCAGACCACGUCCUGGUCCGAGUGUUCCCGUAGCUGUGGGAUGGGCGUUUCCUCUCGGGUCACCAACGACAACGUUCGGUGUAAGAUGAUGAAGGAGACACGACUUUGCAACAUUCGGCCUUGCAGCUCCAUGUCCAUCCCCGUUAAGAAAGGAAGGAAGUGCUCUCCUACCCACAAGGCCCCGGAGCCACACCGUUUGUCCUACUCGGGCUGCAGGAGCACCCGCCUGUACAGGCCCAACUACUGCGGAGUCUGCCGAGAUGGCCGCUGCUGCUCCCCCCGUCGCACUCGUACGGCCAGCGUGACCUUUGUCUGCCCCCACGGAGAACACUUCAGCAGGUCCGUGAUGUUCAUCCAGUCCUGCAAGUGCAGCGACGAGUGCGACCACCUCAAUGAGGCCGCCUUGCCACCCCAGCGGUGGCUCUACGGAGACACGCACAAAUUCAAGGACUAGUGGUGUCACAGAGCGUGCCCUACUUACAUUCCUCCAUGACAAGUAUAAAAUACCCCUUCAGUAGCAACGUCAGUUUUAGAGUAGCUGCCUAGUGUGCCUUGCAGUGUUCACACAUCAGAACAGCUUUUCUAGAAGAAUAUUUGGGAAAAAGUAGUAAAAGAAGGCUAAAACCUCAUAAGCAGAUGGCCAGACUAAGACAUGGACGCAAUAAUUCAUCAUGUUUCUGCCACGCUCCAAUUGCUCGAUAAACUCUGGGACUUGACGGAGUGAAAGGGCAGGAGCAGAGACAAAAACUUUGCCUUGUAUUAUACUUCUUGUCUCGUGAGAGUUGCUGAAGGAUAGAUGCUACUAGCUGAUAGAAAACUGGUUUUAUAACAAACCAGCUGAACGUAUAGACAAUAAGGAUUCUUGUAGAGGACUUGACAAGAACGGGCCUUUGGGAAGACUUUUUUUUUAAGUAUUUAUUUGCUGAUAUUUAUUGUCAGGACACCUUGGCUUGCUACCAGGAUGUGUUGGCCUUGCUGCAGUACAUCUGGAGCAUGGUCAUGGCUAAACACGGAUCUGAGAAGGACUAAUCACAGUGGAAGACUGAAGGGGAACUGCCACACUGAUCUAGAACUUGUCAAAUCCACCAGUCGUAUCUAAUGAUGGAUGAUGAAGACUUGAAGAAAAGCGGAGUUGAGGAUUUGUAAAACUUGGGAGAAAAAUGUAGACAAAAUGCUGUUUAUACGGCUGGACCCAUCUCCUGCCUUGCCUCAACAAGAYGACUUUCAGCAAAGCACCAGAAGAACAACGCCUGUGAUUCUGGCGUCAAGCAGUCGACCACCUAAUUCUGUGCAAAUUACAUUCUCCGAGAGGCAGCGAGAGCGAAUCAGCCCCCCUCUUCUCGGUUUUGCUGUAAAAAUAAGAUCUGAAAACUGUGCGUGUGAUGAGGUAAACAUGUAAUUUGUGAGCUUGUGGGCGGAACAGCUUCAGAGCUUUAACUGGCCUGUAAUCGAGCGGCACGGCACUGAAACAAAACAAGAAGUCGAGUCUUUUCACGUUAAAGAGGUGUCUGUUCCCGAAAUGUGCUGAGUCGACUGUCAAGGCAAAGAAAAGCUUUGUUUUGACUAAAGCAACAAACUUUUGAAGAACUUCGUUAUAAGUGGAGGUUCUGCUUGAUUCUUUGAUUUCUGCGCCUUGGAUGAUGACUAAAGCCAGACAUCUUCUAACUGGUGUAUGGAUUAGAUGGAGCACCUCUGAAACCUUCACUUCCCUCCAAAAAACCCUGAACCUUACAGAGAUAGACAAUUUGUUGAAUUUGGAGAUGCUGUGGUUUUGUGAGUUUAAAGGGACAUYAUAGAGCAGCUGUGUACAGAUAUCUGUAACUUCUUUGUUCUACCAUAUAAAAACCCAUCAUUUAAUGGUUAAAGUGCAUUUUGAUUAUUCUGAUCCUUUAUUGGCAUCAUUUGAAAGUCCAAUUGCCUGACACUUUUAUGCCGACUAUAGAUCAUGGCUCGACACAUUAAAAGAAUGAUGAGGCUACAAGMAGUUUUCUCACUUUUCUUGGAAGUUCGUAUUUGUUUUUCCAUUUUUGUUUCUGAAUAAAGAAAAUUUCACUCUGAAUGAGUUGGAUAUUUAGGGGAAAGAAAUUAAUCUAUUGUGGAUAAAAAGCAGUUACAAUGUACAGCCAAUAUCAAAUGUUAAAUACGCUACCAGUGGCACAGUAGCGUCACCUUGGUAAUUACACACGUCUCUCACUCUGACAGUAUUCUAAAUAAGACAGGCAGAGAAGAAAAUCAAACCUCAAAUGCUGUAAGAAGUGACAGAAGCACCUGGUAGCAUGUAAAUUUUUGUCUUGUGUGAAGUAUUAUGUUUACUUUUCAGGUUUGAAGAGAAAACUGAACUCAGACACAAGGGAAGUCAGUGGGUUUGGAUGUAUGCACUUAAGUGUUUUAGAAAGAAAUCUUUAGAUAAAAAUAAACUGGGCUAAAGACAUCAAAAUGUCUACAUUUUUAUGUCUAUGUAUAAAUUGUAUUGACAAUGCUGUUCAUAUGAAAAUGUGUCAAUYUUGAGAUUUUUGGAAAUGUACAUUUUCCUGCAACCAAAAACAGAGUUCACUAAUCCUGAUCGAUUUCAAUGCGUUCUUUUUUCUCAAAAACCUUAAGGGAACCCAAAUUUUAAACCAUGACUGAAAUGGUAGCAUAGACAAAUGGUUUUGUCCCCUUAAAUWUUCCAUUUUAGAGCCAGAAAUUAUUGAAAYUACACCRCAAAAAUGUAUCCAUCKAACCAAGUCUUACAAUCUUAUSUCAGCCAAAAUGUAUUUUUAACYUUGUUUUGAGACAAAYAUAUUUUCCACAAUUUAUGCUUUUAGGCAUUCAGUUCAAUAKUUUAAUUUUAACCAUUUAGAUGAUUUAACAAUGCACACCAAAAUACCAAGAGAUACAUGUAAGAGUUAUCUUUAUACAGUGUGUUUCGGUCAUGUUGCUUCACCGAAACUCACCACUAAGUAUCUACUCUGUCAAUAUAGAAGGCAUUCCUGUAGAAAGUUAUUUAAAAAGCUGCCAUGUGUGUAAAAUUUCUCAAAGUCCAUUAUCUGACAAAAUCUUUUUGCACUGGGGGCAAAAAAAAAAAAAAAAA